UCGCGCAUCCUACCUGGCUGGCUCACAAGCCUCGCCUCGUCAACCCACUGCGGCUGCAGCACGUUAUAUAGCCCGGCCCGCCAGCCUCGUCCCGGCAGGCAAGGUCUAUCAUCAGGCAAGCUACUACCCAGAUCUCCUCGGCACAUCUCCCGCGGCGGUAACAGAGAGCAAGGAGCAGGUCAGCUGUCAGCAAUGGCAACCACGUCAGCCGACGCGACGGCGCAGCCGGCCAACGGCAACGGCGAGCAGAAGACGCGCCACUCCGAGGUCGGCCACAAGAGCCUGCUCAAGAGCGACGACCUCUACCAGUACAUCCUGGAGACGAGCGUGUACCCGCGCGAGCCGGAGAGCAUGAAGGAGCUCCGCGAGAUCACCGCCAAGCACCCAUGGAACCUGAUGACGACGUCGGCGGACGAGGGGCAGUUCCUCAACAUGCUGCUCAAGCUCAUCGGCGCCAAGAAGACCAUGGAGAUCGGCGUCUACACCGGCUACUCCCUCCUCGCCACCGCCCUCGCCAUCCCCGAGGACGGCACGGUCUUGGCCAUGGACAUCAACCGCGAGAACUACGAGCUCGGCCUGCCCUGCAUCGAGAAGGCCGGCGUCGCCCACAAGAUCGACUUCCGCGAGGGCCCCGCCCUCCCCCUCCUCGACCAGCUCCUCGAAGACGAGGCGAACCACGGGUCGUUCGACUUCGUGUUCGUGGACGCGGACAAGGACAACUACCUCAACUACCACGAGCGGCUGAUGAAGCUGGUGAAGCUGGGUGGCCUCGUCGGCUACGAUAACACGCUGUGGAACGGCUCCGUCGUGCUCCCCGCCGACGCGCCCAUGCGCAAGUACAUCCGCUACUACCGCGACUUCGUGCUCGAGCUCAACAAGGCGCUCGCCGCCGACGACCGCGUCGAGAUCUGCCAGCUCCCCGUCGGCGACGGAAUCACCCUCUGUCGCCGCGUCAAGUGAAAAACAAUCCCCCGUUUGCUCGCCGCCAACGGCGCCGCCGCCGCCGCCGCCACUCUACUCCAAUCAUAGGCGCGAAGAAUCAAUUAAUCACCGUUUUCCCCCCUUUCUUUGCUUGGUCUUGUAUCUUCUUCGAAAUUGUCACCAUUUCAUACGUAAAUGUCGAAACGAUUGUUGAUGAAGAUAUAAUUUUUUCAUGUUUU